AUGAUGAGGUUGGUAAAGAAUGAAAUUCUACCUCAGUUGGAUUUUAGUGAUCUAAAUGUGUGUAUAGACUGCAUUAAAGGAAAGCAGACUAAACAUGUUGUAAAGAAACCAGCCACAAGAAGCACUCAGCUGCUUGAGUUAAUUCAUACCGAUAUAUGCGGCCCUUUCGAUGCUCCCUCUUGGAGUGGCGAAAAAUACUUUAUCACCUUUAUUGAUGAUUACUCACGUUAUGGAUAUACAUAUCUCCUGCAUGAAAAAUCUCAGUCUGUGAAUGUCUUAAAAGUGUUCAUUGAUGAGGUGGAAAGGCAGUUGGAGAGAAAAAUAAAAGUGGUGAGAUCUGAUAGAGGUGGUGAGUUUUAUGGAAAAUUCAAUGAAAGUGGACAAUGUCCUGGUCCAUUUGCAAAGUUACUUGAAAGUAAAGGCAUUUGUGCACAGUAUACAAUGCCUGGUACUCCUCAGCAGAAUGGUGUAGCUGAGAGGCGGAAUCGUACUCUAAUAGAAAUGGUUAGGAGCAUGUUAAGUAAUAGUUCUUUACCCCUUUCAUUGUGGAUAUAUGCAUUAAGGACUGCAACAUAUGUGUUGAACCGGGUUCCUAGUAAGGCAGUUCCUAAGACCCCUUAUGAACUGUGGACAGGAAGGAAACCUAGUUUAAGGCACUUACGUGUUUGGGGUUGCCCAGCAGAAGUAAGGUUCAUUGAGAACGGUGAAACUAGUGGGAGUGGUGAAUCUAGAAAGGUGGACAUUCAAGAAAUUCAGGACGAAGUUUCUUCUCCUGUUGUUUCACCUCCUAUAGUUGUUCCUAUUGUUGCAUCACAGACAAAUAGCACAAUAGAACAACAUGAUGAUGAGCUAAUCCCACCAGAUGAUAAUAUUAUCAAUGAACCUGUCACAAUUCAAGAAGAGAAUAGUGCACCACAAGAACCAUUAAGGCGAUCUGAUAGAGCAAGGAGAUCUGCCAUUUCUAAUGAUUAUAUGGUUUACGCUAUUGAAAGUGAAUGUGACUUAAGUAUUGAUGAAUACCCGAAAGUAUGGGACUUAGUAGAGUUGCCUGACGGUUUCAAGACCGUUGGUUCUAAAUGGAUUUAUACUAUUAAACGCGACUCGAAAGGUGCCAUUGACAGAUACAAGGCUCGCCUUGUAGCUAAAGGUUUCACCCAAAAAGAUGGCAUUGACUAUAAAGAGACCUUCUCUCCUGUUUCUAAGAAGGAUUCUCUAAGAAUUGUUUUGGCUUUGGUAGCUCAGUAUGAUCUUGAGCUUCACCAAAUGGAUGUGAAAACCGCCUUUCUGAAUGGAGAUCUUGAGGAAGAAGUAUAUAUGGACCAACCUGAAGGAUUUGUGGUCGCAGGAAAAGAACAUAUGGUAUGUAAGCUGAGAAAGUCAAUAUAUGGACUUAAACAAGCUUCCAGACAAUGGUAUCUAAAGUUUAAUGAUACCAUCACGUCAUAUGGUUUUGUAGAGGUCAUUGUUGAUCGAUGUAUCUACGUUAAGAUCAGUGGGAGCAAGUUUAUUAUGUUAGUCUUAUAUGUUGAUGAUAUUUUGCUUGCUGCAAAUGACAUGGGGAUGUUACAUGAUACAAAGAAGUAUCUCUCUAAGAACUUUGAAAUGAAAGAUAUGGGUGAGGCAUCCUAUGUGAUCGGAAUAGAAAUAUUUCGAGAUAGAUCACAAGCUCCAAUUCAGAAGGGAGAUAAGUUCAGUAAAAUGCAAUGUCCUAAAAAUGAAUUGGAGCGUAAGGAAAUGGAAAGAAUUCCAUAUGCAUCAGUAGUUGGGAGUUUGAACUAUGUUCAGACAUGUACUCGGCCAGAUAUCACUUUUGCUGUUGGUAUGUUGGGUCGAUAUCAAAGUAAUCCCGGAAUGGAUCACUGGAAAGCUGCAAAGAAGGUUCUCAGGUACUUGCAAGGCACCAAAGAGCACAUGCUUACAUUCAGGAGAUCCAAUCAUCUAGAGAUCAUUGGAUAUUCAGAUUCAGAUUAUGCUGGAUGCGUCGAUAGCAGGAAAUCGACGUUUGGCUAUUUGUUCCAAUUAGCCGGAGGAGCAGUAUCGUGGAAAAGUGGAAAGCAGUCUGUCAUUGCUACUUCUACUAUGGAGGCUGAGUUUGUGGCAUGCUUUGAGGCCACAAUUCAUGCAUUGUGGCUGCGGAACUUUAUCUCAGGGCUUCAAAUUGUCGACAAUAUUGAGAAGCCGCUGAGAAUCUAUUGUGAUAAUUCUGCAGCUGUCUUCUUUUCAAAGAAUGACAAGUACUCGAAGGGUGCCAAGCACAUGGAGAUAAAGUAUUUGUCUGUCAAAGAAGAAGUACAGAAACGUAGAGUGUCCUUUGAGCACAUAGGGACGGAUAUGAUGGUUGCGGAUCCGUUAACUAAAGGACUACCACCCAAGGCGUUCAUUGGCCAUGUAGAACGUAUGGGUAUUAUAGAUAAAGCCUUGCUAUUUUAG